UGCUAUCGGUGUAGCGCCUACUUGAACGGCCUGCUUUCCCUUUUUUAUUCUUUUGUGUGUCGGCCUUUUUUGUAUCUGUGCGUGUGCGCGCGAGUGUGAGUGUGUUGGGCAGGCCUCGUUCCCCUCGCUCCCUGCGUUCGCAUGCUCGGUCCAAAGAAGGCAGUCCAAUCAGCACCAACAUCCACUUUUCAAGAUGGCCGGCAUGGCGGUGAGGAUGGUUUAUAAGACCCAGUCGUGCGGUUCGUCAUUUCAAAGCGUUGUAGUGGCUGCUUCGCGACGAUCUGCAUCACUUCAACGUCUCACUGCACCUGCGUCGUCUGUAACGCCAGUCCGCUUUUGCAAAGCUCGAUUGCGUUCAUCGAGGUGACAUGACUGCUGUCACAUGCCUAGUGACUGUGGGUGCCAAUGGGGCUCGGAGGAAGAUGCGGCUUACAGAGGAGCCCAAUUUGCGUGCUCUCAAGGCAUCUGCCAGUGUUUGCAGUCUUCUGGCUGCAGAGAUCAACUUUGAUACCGACAGAUUUCAGAUUUUUGACAAAGACUUCAAUGAUUUUGUGGAUUUGUUGGACGAGGAUCCUAUCCCUGAUAUGGCUGUUGUGCGAGUUGUCAAGCCAGUACAUGAGGCAGAAGUAUGCAUUGAAGAGGAGCCGAGUUUAUAUGGUCCAGAGAAUUCAGCAAGCAGCCUUGAUAGAAGUUUCAACAUCGCUUCAAGGUACAGAGUGCUGAGCAUGGCUCCCAUGCCUAACCUUACUAAA